AUGGAUCUUGAUUCAGAAGUCAACGCAUCAGAAAUUCAGCAUCAAUGCGAAGGCGUAUCCGAGGACGAGUUCGCCUUAGUAAAUUUCGACGAGUCCUUCGAUAAUUUUGAGCUGCAAUCAACGGAAGAUCAAUCAAAGGAAUUUCAGAGUGAGGAGUCGUGCGAUGAGUAUCAAGAUGUCUACUACAUACCGGGUUAUGGACCGGGUGCAUAUUUGGAAGUUUCUGAUGACAGUGUCAAAAACGAAGUUCAUGAUGAAGGCAAAGACGGCGUUGAUGAUGAAGGUGGAAACGAAGUUGAUGAUGAAGGCAGAGACAAAGUUGCUGAUAAAAGCGGAAACGGAGUUGCUGAUACAGGCAGAGACGAAAUUAAUGAUGAAGGCAGAGACGAAGUUGAUGAUGAAGACAGAGACAAAGUUGAUGAUGAAGGCGGAAACGAAAUUGAUGAUGCAGGCAGAGACGAAGUUGAUGAUGGGCAGAGACGAAAUUGA